AUGCCAAAUUUUGUACAAACACAACAGUAUGAGAGUUCAUCGGAAUCCGACGAUACGAUGGAUCAGCAGAAUGUGCAAGAAAAGACAAAAAUUGAACGUAACGUUGACUGGAUAAGAGACAAAUGCUUUUCUAAUGAUACAGACGCUCAAAUAGCAAUUAAACGAGAAGAACAAUGGAGUCGAUAUUUUACUAACAAAGUUCAAGAUGGAGUUAAAGUUCAUUACCGCUGUAAUAAAGUUAAGUUUCGUGGCACACAAUGUAAUGCCGCAAUUUAUCUCUUUUAUCCGCACAAUAGUGAUGAAGUUAUAUUAUUUCGUGCAAAUAAUGAGCAUAACCAUACUGAUUCAAGUAAACGUUAUUUCUUCUCUGAAGAAAUGAAACAAAAUAUCCAGGAACUGUUUGAUAUGAGAUUAAAGCCAAAGAAAAUAUAUGAAGUAUUGGAAGAGAAAAAUUUCAAGAUAACACGUAAUCAAGUGAACAAUUAUUUAACACAAUUACGUAAACAAAAAUUUGGUCCUUCUAGCUUAAGUUUAGGAGAAUUAGAAUCUUGGUGUCAAGAGAAACAUACAGUACCACAAUCUGACGAUGAAUCAUUUGUAGUUUCUUUUCAUAUUCAUUACGAAGAUGAUAGUGACGACGAUGAUGAAGACGUCGUCGAUGAUGGUAAUAAGUUCAGAUUUUUUCUCUCUUCAAAACGAUUACUCCAAAUUGCUUCAAUAUCAACCAAGUUACAUGCUGAUGCCACGUACAAAUUGAACUGGCAGGGUUUUCCAGUAUUAGUUGUUGGAACAAGUGAUUGCGAUCGUAAAUUUCAUCCAUUUGGAUUGGCUGUAUGUACUGAUGAAAAAGAACCAGAAUUCGAAUUUAUUUUUAAAAGUAUUUCCGACGGUGUAAACCGAAUAACUGGAUCAGCCUUUACACCCGAAGUACUUAUAGCUGAUGGGUCUGGUGCUAUACGUAAUGCAUUUCAAAAGUUUUUCAAUAAGGAUAAAAUGGUCAUGUGUUGGUCUCAUAUGCGUCGCAAUGUUGAGAAAAAAUUGAAGAGCUUGAAAAUCGAUUCGAAGAAAACAAAAGAAAUAUUAGAUGAUAUUGAGACAUUACAAUUAUGCGAAUCAGAAACUGUGUUUCGGAAUGCAUCAUCCUUAUUCUUGAAGCAAUGGAAUAAAACAGAAAAAGAAUUUACAGAAUAUUUCGAAAACGAAUGGUUAACAGUUCUUAAUUCGUGGUAUGAAGGAUAUAAUGGUGCGUUCACACCAAGCACUAACAAUCAAUUAGAAGCUACGAACAAAGUCAUCAAAGACGAACAUACUUUUAGAGAACGACA